AGCAAUAAGCAAUGGCGUCGACAGUUCACUUCUCGGAGGAGGAGAUGGCAGAGCUACGAGAGGCUUUCAGCAAAGUCGAUAUCAGUGGGGAUGGCUUCAUCGAUGCCAAUGAAUUAACAGAAGUGUUGAAGGCUGCCAGUCUCCCUCUCCCAGGAUAUAAAGCCAGAGAACUCAUUCAGAGUGUGACAACCACGGGGAAUGGCAAGAUCAGUUUUGAUGAAUUUCUUUCAAUUUUCCAAAACCUGAAGAGUGACGAUGUCGCUAAGUCGUUCCGAAAACAAAUCAACAAGAAGGAAGGGAUCUGUGCUAUUGGUGGGACAUCAGAGCAGUCCAGUGCUGGCACACAACACUCUUAUUCAGAGGAAGAAAAGUAUGCCUUUGUCAACUGGAUUAACAAAGCCCUUGAGAAGGACCCUGACUGUAAGCAUGUGGUCCCAAUGAAUCCAGAAACAGAUGACCUCUUCCAGGCUGUCGGGGAUGGCAUAGUCCUUUGUAAAAUGAUCAACUUUUCAGUGCCAGAUACCAUUGAUGAGAGAACAAUCAACAAAAAGAAACUCACGCCCUUCACUAUACAGGAAAAUCUGAACCUGGCCCUGAACUCUGCUUCAGCCAUUGGGUGCCAUGUUGUUAACAUUGGAGCUGAAGACUUAAAAGAAGGGAAACCUUACCUGGUUUUGGGUCUUCUAUGGCAAGUCAUCAAGUUGGCUGUGCUCCUUUCCUCCUUGAUUGCUCUUCUGAGAGAAGGAGAGAGCCUGGAGGAUCUGAUGAAGUUGUCUCCUGAGGACCUGCUGCUGAGGUGGGCAAACUAUCACCUGGAAAAUGCAGGAUGCAACAAAGUCAACAACUUCAGCUCAGACAUCAAGGACUCAAGAGCUUAUUACCAUUUGCUGAACCAAGUGGCCCCCAAGGGAGAUGAAGAAGGCAUUCCAGCUAUUACUAUUGACAUGUCAGGAUUAAGGGAGAAGGAUGAUGUCCAGAGAGCGGAAUGCAUGCUGCAGCAGGCGGGGGGGGCUGGGUGCCGGCAGUUCGUCACAGCCACCGAUGUCGUCCGGGGGAACCCGAAGCUGAAUCUGGCCUUCAUCGCCAACUUGUUCAACAAAUACCCCGCCCUGCAUAAGCCAGAAAACCAGGACAUCGACUGGAGCUCCAUUGAAGGUGAGACAAGGGAAGAGAGGACGUUUAGGAACUGGAUGAACUCCCUGGGUGUUAAUCCACGUGUAAAUCACUUAUACAGUGACCUGUCAGAUGCCUUGGUUAUCUUCCAACUCUAUGAAAAGAUCAAAGUGCCAGUAGACUGGAACAGAGUGAACAAACCACCAUAUCCUAAACUAGGUGGCAACAUGAAGAAGCUUGAAAACUGCAACUAUGCAGUGGAACUGGGAAAGAAUGAAGCCAAAUUUUCCCUUGUUGGAAUUGCUGGGCAAGAUCUGAACGAAGGAAACCGCACUCUCACGCUGGCCUUAAUCUGGCAGCUGAUGAGGAGGUACACUCUGAAUAUCCUUGAAGACAUUGGUGGUGGAGAGAAGGUCAAUGAUGAAAUCAUUGUCAACUGGGUCAAUGAAACACUGACUGCAGCUGGGAAGGAUUCAACCAUCUCUAGUUUCAAGGAUAGCAAAAUCAGCACCAGCAUGCCAGUUCUGGAUCUCAUUGAUGCCAUUCAACCAGGAUCAAUCAAGUAUGACCUCUUGAAAACAGAGGAUCUGAAUGAUGAGGAGAAACUAAAUAAUGCUAAAUACGCCAUCUCUAUGGCAAGAAAAAUUGGAGCAAGAGUCUAUGCCCUUCCAGAAGACCUGGUUGAAGUAAAACCCAAAAUGGUCAUGACAGUGUUCGCUUGCCUUAUGGGAAAAGGAAUGAAGAAGGUUUAAAGCACAAAAGACUUGUACUGAAGCCUGUUAUUCACCCUUUAGAUUCCCUCAAACUGGAUGCUCUUCUCUGUAUCAAAGAAAUAUGCAGGGUGCUCAUGCUUUUAAGGCAUGAAUGUUACACAUGGUCCCAGAUCAUACAGAAGUCAUGUAUUCAUGUGUAUCCAGGAAAUACUUUGUUUUGAAUGGUAAUAUGUGCUUGAUUUCUUUGCCUUAUUUUCCACUUUGCUAGACAUAAGUUUUCGAUACUGAGGCCUAAACAUAUCCUUUUAUUAAUGGGUACCAGGGUUUUCUGUCAGAGGUCACCUGGAGACCUUUAUCUUGGG